AUGGGAAAAAGGUCUAGAAAAGAAACUUUCAUAGCGGCGAAGCGUCCUAAGAAUGGAAAUGAUCCUUUAUCUGAGUCAAAUGUAUUCGCCGAGCUUGCGAAUGAUUCUCGUGGUGAUGACGCACUAUCUGUAGGAUCAAGAAGACAUCAUAAUAUGUAUAAGGAGGAUGCUAAUAAGAUUGAAGAUUAUGAGUUGACUCCUAGAAGUUUCAAGGGAGUUAGCAGUGAUGCUACUGAAGGUUUACCUGUGAAGACAGCGGAUGGUGGUUUAAAACGUAUUGUUCUGAAAGACAGUGAUUCAGAGAACGAAGCUAACGAAGUGGAGUCGGAAAAGAGUGAUGAAGAUAAUGAUAUUGCGCCAUUUGAUGGAAAUGAAAAUGUGCCAGAUUAUGAUGAAGCAAAUGAUGAAGACUAUAAAGAAUUGUCCCCGGAAACUAGGGAAAAAAAGAUUAAGGAGGAUAUCGCUCAAAUGGCUGAGAGCUUGAUGGAAAAUCCAGAAGAUAAUGUUCUCCUCUUUGCAAAAUUAUUACGAAUGAUGUCCUCGCAUGUGCCCUCCACCGCAAAGCUUUCCCUUCUAUCGGUUGUUCCAGUUUUUAAGAGUAUAUGUCCCUCCUAUAAAGUCAGGCCAUUAACAGAUGCCGAAAAGCACGAAAAGAUGUCAAAUGAUGUUCAAAAAGUUCGCUUUUUUGAACAGAACCUUGUGCGUUACUAUAGGAAAUACUUGGAUGUUCUCUCCUUACAUUCAUUAAAAUUCAGUACUUCGCCGAAAGCCACUGAUUUGGACAUCGUGCUUGGAAUUUUGUCUACACGUGCUGCAUGUCAAUUGGCAUCGCCUCUUAGGUUUUUCAAUUUCAGGUCAGAUCUUAUGAGGAUUUUAAUUCGUAGGAUUAUGCACAAACCUGCGAGUGCUGCUGAAUAUGAUGUUUUUAAAGAAUGUGUAAAAACAUUGGAGGCACUUUUAGUUGAGGAUGUUGAUUUGGGUAGUAUAUCUCUAGAUAUUUCGAGGAUGUUGUCGAGAUCAAUCAGACGCCGAAAUAUGAAAGUGGAUGAGAGUGUUGUUAAUAUAUUUCUUUCGUUAACAGUUUUGAGAGAUUAUGAUCCUCAUGCUUCAGCUGAGGAGAAAGAAAAAAAGAUCAAGCUGAAAAGAAAAGAGAAGGUAUUCUUGACGAAAAAGCAAAGAAAGGAACUUAAAGAGAAGAAAAAGAUUGAGAAGGAAAUUAAAGAUGCAGAGUUCAAAAUAACUGCAGAAGAACGAGAAAGAUUUCAAGCAGAAAUUCUAAGAACACUUCUUACCCUAUAUUUGGAAAUACUCCGAAGUAGACCUGAAAAGCUUAUGGCCCCUGUUUUAGAAGGUAUUUCAAAAUAUGGUCGUCAAGUGAACCUUGAUAUGAUUGGUGAUUUCUUACAAGUUCUUCGAGAGAUUUCACAUGAUUUACUUGAUUCUUCGAAUGACAAUAUUAUGUUUCUUAACGCUUCUCAAACUCGACAAGUAUUGUUGUGUGUUAUUACCUCAUUUUCCCUUCUUUCAUAUCUUCCAUCAAAAAGAGUUCAUCUGGACUUGAACAAAUUUGUAGAAUACCUUUAUGGGUUGUUGCCCUUGCUUUCCGAAGAUGCUGAAAUUGAAUUUUCAUACAAAACCUUGAGACUCAUGGAUCCACUUGCUACAGACCUCAAAAUGAAGCCAUCGGUGAACAUUUCCACUGAGGCAGAGCUUUUGCUCAAGGGGUUAAACGCUAUUUUCUUUAAGUCGAGAUCCGGAUCACAAGCCCGUUCAUUGGCUUUUACUAAAAGAUUGUACACUGCAAUGCUUCAGUUCCCUGAUAAGAGUACCAUCGCAGUAAUGAAAUUCAUUGGCAAAUUGAUAUCGAGAUAUGAUGAUAUUGUCAGUUUAUAUACAACAGAAGAUAGGAUUCAGAAUGGUGUCUAUCGACCAUAUGCGGAAACCAUUGAAGGAGCUAAUACUGAGGUUGCCGUUCUUUGGGAGAAUUUGCUUUUAGAAAAGCAUUAUAAUCCAACGAUCGCAAUGGGUGCCAGAGCCCUAAUUAAUAGAGCAAAAAAAGAGCCAGGUUUUAUGUAA